UCACAUGGGGGUGGGUAUGUGUGUAAUUUUGAAUCGGGGGGAAGUUUACAGUUCGCUGACGGACUUUUGGAGAGUUCAGUGUUUUGCGCUCUCUGUGCGUCACACGCUGAAAACCUCCACUGGAAGCGCACGACUCUCGACUAUUAUACAUGCAAAUACAGCCAGACUCCAGCUUCUGUCUGAACGCAGCGGGCUUAGUUUUCUCUACAAGCUUGAAAUCGUUUCUACUUGUGGCUACAUCUUAGGAGUGCAAUGGAUGUCAUCCCUAUGUGUAGCAUCUUCCAGGAGCUCCAAAUUGUGCACGACACGGGAUACUUUUCAGCUUUACCAUCUCUGGAGGAGUACUGGCAGCAGACAUGCCUCGAGCUGGAGAGGUACCUCCAGAGCGAGCCCUAUGUCUCAGCCACGGAUCUCAAAUUUGAGGGCCAGGAGGACCUGUGGAGCAAACUCAUGCUUGCCUGCGGGGACAAGUCAAACGAGCCAGACCCAAAGAUUCCCCACAUCAAGGAGGAGGAAGACAAUCAGGAGAACCAGCACCUGGACACCGGUGGCUUCAGCUCUGACGCCAGCAGCGAGGCCUCAGACAGCUCUGAGGAGCUCUCCCCUACCCUCGACUUCCCCUCCAGCUCUUUGACUGACAUUCUGGGAGAUGGUGGUGAAGACCUGGGUUCCACCAUCAUCAGCACACCGCCAUCCUCACCAGAGCUGGGCAAGGAGGGCUCUGUGGCCCAGGUGUGGAGUGGGAUACAAACUGUGCUGCACUCACCUGGGAAAAUAAGGACUGGGGGCAUGGAGAGGCUGGCCAGCGGGGAGGCGUCGCCUGAUGGGAGAAGGCGGGUGCACAAGUGUGAGUUCAAUGGCUGCAGGAAGGUGUACACCAAGAGCUCACACCUGAAAGCACACCAGCGCACACAUACAGGUGAGAAGCCGUACAGGUGUUCAUGGGAGGGCUGCCAGUGGCGCUUUGCACGAAGUGAUGAACUCACCAGACACUUCAGGAAGCACACUGGAGCAAAGCCAUUCAAAUGCAGCCACUGCGAAAGGUGUUUCUCCCGUUCUGACCACCUGGCGCUGCACAUGAAGAGGCACAUCUAAGAUGGCCUCAGUGGCGACAGUUGUGAGGGAUGAUUCUGGUUGAUUGUCCUGACCUGUGGGGGAUCAGCGAGGCCGGUGUAUCCUGGGAGUGUUAACAGGAGCGCCGCCAUGUUCCAGGCAGUGGAAAAACAUGAAGUAACGCAGGCUAUUAUUUGCACCAUACUUAGUGCCUCCAAUACCUCGCUGUGGAGAUUGCUCUUGAAAGGCCUUUACAGAGGAGCGGGAGGGCGGGGACAGACUUUAGAAAAUGGGAAAAAUCUGGACUGGAGAAGAUGGGAAGAGACUCUUCUGUAUGGUGUUCAAUGCUUUUAUUCCCCGGAGGACUAUGACACUCCUGCGGGUUGCCGUCCCUCCAGUGACAGUGUGUUUGCCUGUGCGCAUGGGGACUGUGAGUGCCUGUGACUGGAUGCCUGUGCUGGCUUUGUGGAGUGGAUGGAGCUUGCGUUAUGGAACUGCGAGUGAAUGACAUGAAGGGGGUGAUGUUAUGUGAGGGAGGUUUUUUUUUUCGGGGGGCGGGGGGUAUGUGUUGUCUCACUGAGAAUGAAUGCAAGCGAAACAUGGUUCUGUCUGUGCUGUUUGAGUCUGUUGGCUGUAGCGAGGAACAGGGCGUUGUUUGGUAGAGCUGAUCUGCUGGUGAGUGCCCCCUUUGUCACCGGAGGUGGAACUACAGCUCCCGAUUAAAAAGUGGGAGGUCGUUUUGUUUAGUGCAGCUACUAAAUGUGCAAUGUAUUAUGUAGCCUGUCUCAAAACAUACACGCUAUAAGGCUCAUUUUGUCGUCCAUUGUGUAAGCUCUGUAUCUUUAGAGGAAAAAAAAAAAUGCGGUUGUACACAAACAAUUAUUGUCAUUAUAACAGAAGUUGCAUGGGAUCUGGGGAUGUGUUGCUCACCUGUUUGCUUAUAGGACAACAAAAUUCCAUUUGAGAGCAGCUACCUUCAUAUUACUCAGUAUCAUAGUAUUGUACAAAAACACAUAAGGCACUCAUUUUAUUAGUUUUUUUUAAUUUUCUUGAUAAGUUGGGGAUACCACUGUUGCUUGGACACUGUCUUGAUUAUGGGAUUUUUGUUCCUUUUUCUUCAUUUUCACUCUUCGGUUUUGUUCUAUCUGUAAAUGCACUGUUGACCUUACUGAUGCCUUAUGUAAGUGGCCUUGUCCUGUUAAAUAGAUCACUCUCUCACAUACACACACACACACACACACACAACAAAUGGGGGUUGCGAAUGCAGUACUGCAUUACUGAAUAGCUUUAUAUAGGCUCUGAUCCAUGCAGUCGCACCUUUACCCUUUUGUUUUAUGACAAGUUUCCUUGAAACUCUUGAAUAUUAACAAAAAUAUCUAUUUCAGCUUCAUAUUAACUGCCAUUUUUACAUUUCUGCAUUCUUAGUUAAAUAUAUUAAAACUCUAUCAGAAGUUUUCACCAGAGUGACACAGAUGUGCGACCGAAUUGUGGAGUCCUUGGAAAAGCAAUUCAGUUUUGUAAUGGUUUACUACUAUGUAGUAUAAUAUGGUGUGGAUGCAUUUCAAAUGGACUGAAACUUGCCGACUAAGGUACAGAGUCUUGGAAAUACAUUCUCGUGAAUUGUGGCAUGUUUGGCCACCAAGGUGGUGACAAAUUAGGACAGUGGGGACAUUUAUGCCAGAUGAUGUGCCAAAAGCAUACACAGUCUUAACAGAAAAUGGAUGUGCCCUUCAGAGAAAUGAUAACAUUCUCAAUCAUGAGCUUGUUUUGAUGGUGUAUGUUUAAGUAAGUAUCGCCCUCAGAUCUUUACUCAGUCCUGGUUUACAUAACUCAUGAUCUGAUUAAAUGGUACCUGAACCGGUCUGACCAGUUUGACUGAGCUGUGCUGCAGGUAGAGCGGUUUCUGUCUGUUUCUGCAGGCGAAAGGGGAUGCAACUCAAGUAUGAGACAAGGACCAGAUGUCUGUCUGUACCAACUUCAUUAUAUGCAUGUUUUAACUUCAGUUACAUGACUUCAGCACACUCCUCUGUGGGUUGAUAUGAUUCUCUGACCUCUUGGAUUUAUUGCAAUCCCUUCUGUUCGUUAAUGAUUGAACUCCAUCAUCAUUUUCCCUAAUUCUGGAGCCACAUUGUCAAUGUUUUUUCUAAAUGUAGGCAGGAGAGUUGAAACAGAGCUUGUUUGCUAUGAAGGGUAUGGCUGGUUUAAGCGGUCAUAAAACCUGAUGUCUGUCACUCAGUAGUCAACAUCACAGGUAGCCUUGUUACAAUUCAACUUUACAGGUGAACCUGGGCAACAAUAAAGAAAGUCAGUAGGGUGAUUUUUUUUUUUUUUUUUUUUUUUUUUUUUUUU